AUAAAUUAUGUAAGAUGAUUGCGAUUUUGUAACUUCUUGGUGAUCAUUCUGAUUCCAUCGCUGCGUCAAAUAACAUUGACGCUUAGAUUUUUAGAGAUGAGGACCGUUUUUCUAAUCGUGCUCGCCAUAGCCAUUUGCGCCACAGCGUAUCCUUGUGAAAAUUGUGGAGUGUGUCAAGACCUUUAUAAACCGGUGUGCGGAGGGGAUGGCGUCACAUAUGGAAACGCGUGUCAAUUAGGGUGCGAAAAGUCGUGUCGACAACCAGGAUUGAAAAUCGUGCAUGAUGGCGAAUGUGGGAAUCCGGUCAAGUACUCGCAUUAAAUUUACUUAACUGAGAGCACAUACAUUUAUAAAUGGAAAGAGUGAGAAAUUAAAUUACAAAUUUACUGACCUGUUGGGCGACAGGCUCCAAAAUACUUUCAAUCGUUUUCGUAUGAAACACCGGCAUCUUGUUGAUUUAUUUAAGUUAUCCCGUUUUAAAUAAUCUGGUUUAAAAGUAGUUUAUAAUUAAUGGCGAAUUCACGUUAACAGGAAAUAAAGCUUAUUUAAUUAUUCAUCA